GUUGCCUUAAAUAAAUAGGCACAUAAACCAUGGAUGUACUGUAUUAUAAACACACAUACUGCAGACACGCAUGCGCACAGCUAAAGCCAGCAGCUGAACCUUGUGUCAAAACACAGAGGGAAAUCAGCAGCAGGCAGCGCAAGAUCUCACCUCGGUUUCAGCUUUAGCUCUAUUUUUUGGAAGGUAUUUGUCGACAUAAAGUGAUUUUCAUUUACGUCCGCGUACCAUGACCGAACAAUCAGCAUUACUUCUUCGAAAACAACUGGCAGAGCUCAACAAGAACCCCGUGGAGGGCUUUUCAGCUGGUCUAAUAGAUGAUGAUGACAUAUAUAAAUGGGAAGUUGUGAUCAUUGGUCCACAAGAUACCCUUUUUGAAGGAGGGUUUUUCAAAGCAUACCUGACCUUUCCCUAUGAUUAUCCACUACGGCCUCCAAAGAUGAAGUUCAUCACUGAAAUCUGGCACCCAAAUGUUGCAAAGAACGGCGACGUUUGCAUCUCAAUUCUGCAUGAGCCCGGAGAAGAUAAGUUUGGUUACGAGAAGCCCGAGGAGCGCUGGCUUCCGAUCCACACGGUAGAGACAAUCAUGAUUAGUGUUAUCUCCAUGCUGGCAGACCCCAACAGCGACUCGCCAGCUAAUGUGGAUGCGGCGAAAGAGUGGAGGGAGGACCCUAACGGUGAAUUCAAGAGGAAGGUGGCUCGCUGUGUAAGAAAAAGUCAAGAGAUGGCUUUUGAUUAGGAGUCAAUUGUAAAUUCCAGGUUAAAGGAAAUGCCUUCAGAGGGAAAAUUUCAACAAAAGGCUUUUGCACCCCUUGUUUUGCCAGUCAAAGGAAAUUGGCUAACUUCAACCACGUUUCUGUGAACGGUUGCCAUUUUCUGCAAGAUGAGCCAAUUUGAGAACCCUACCAGCGAAAUUAACCUGUUUCCUACCUGGAAUUGUAUAUUUAAUUUUAUUUAUUUUGAAAAAUUAAUGAUGUAAGAUAUGUCACUACUGUAAAUUAACUUGCUUUUUUAUCUGCUGCUGAACAGUUUCUACUUUAUACCAGGUUUCUUAUGCAAUUUAGUGGUCAAGAUUGUGUAGAACAAAACCCGUUACCAUUAGGUUAUCACUUGUCCUCCCUUCUGAAUACUUACGCCCAGAUUAACGGCAGCCCAACAAAUCUCUGUCAGUAGAUGUGAUUAUUUUCAACACGUGUCAUUGAAUCACUGUUGCCUUUUGUUCGCCUCACGUCCUCACGGCCUGCUUGUUGUUUAGAGGGACAGGUUGAGAAUGUUUUCGAAAGGGUUUUCAUGCAGUCUGUACUUUCUGAGAAACGGCCUCCUGCUAGCAUUUUCUUCUUAUGCUGGUGUAUGUUUUAAGUGAUAUAAAACCAUGACUCUCAAACCUGCAUGAUCCCCCUCAAACAGCUCUGUUAUGUAUUGUUGCUAGCUGUAGAUGUAAAUGGAAUGGCUUACUCAGUGAUUUGAGAGUUAUUGUUUCAUAAUCUAUUGACUCACACGAGCAUAGCUAACGGUAAAGGAAGGUUUGUGCAAACUUCUCAUGAUGAACGUUUUUUAGGGUCUCGAUUAGUAUUCGGCACUGUAAACCUCUAAUAUUGCUGAGCCUUUCCCUUAACACGUGACCCUUACGGUCAUUUAAGAUCUCUAUUAAUUAUCACUUAGUCUAAUGUCUUUUCACAACGUUGUAAAUCAUGGACAACCAAAUACAGUCGGUGAAAAUAGCUUCAACUGUGAUUAGUCUACAUGUGUACUGGUAACUGGCAUUAGAGCUCAAUUUAAAAGGUAAACUCAUUUGCAAAGGGUAAUGGUGGUUUGAGUUCUCAAUCUGUUUAAAAUGGGGAAUAUUAGGGGCUCCAUGGUAGAAUUAGGCUAGGUUUUUUACUUUGUGGCACAUCUGGCUUUCGAUCAACGUGUGGGUAAAGGAUGACUCGUAGGUCACAUUCACUUCAAGGUUUAGAACUCCAAGGACUUUGGGUAGAUUAAGUAACGCUCUUUUAAUUCUAUCGACAUCUUAAAUUCUGAUUGGUGCAUACUUAGAUAAUAUUUAUCACCUUUUACUUAAUCACUGAAUUUUGGUUGUAAUUCUUGAUAGAGACUUGAAGUCAACACACCACUUAGUAAAGUCUAAAUAAGUGUUUCUGAUGGGGAAAGGAACACAAUCCUGCAUCUAGGUUUUUAAUUUUGAAAGAAUAUACACACACGUCGUGUUUGGGUGGAGUCUGUAAAACCAUUGGCUUUUGUUCACUUUCACUGAUGGUGUCGCUGACCGUUAAGCCACGACGACAUCUAUUCUGAAUUAUGUUAUACAUGAUUGAUCUGUGACUGACAUUGACAAAUAGCUAACCAUCUUUUGGCGCAUGCAAUCAGGUUUGAAGGAGUUGGGUAUGUUUAAUUAUGAUACCAUUGGUAGUACAUUCUGGGUGAAUGUGAUGUGUACAGUUAGUAGUUUUCUGUAGACUUUAUGAUCACAUAACUGCUGUUGACAUUACCUUUUUAAGUCAGAAUUUUCUAACCUACCAUGACCUCCUCUGACCGGUGUUCACUGUAUUUGCACAGAUUCGGUGCGUUUGAAAUGUCAUUAAGCAAUACGCUCUGAAAAUGGUGUGUCCAGGUAAUCCACCCUAACGCCAUUAUUAUUUUUCUUUUUAGUUUUUUUCCAUUUUGUGUCAAUGCAAUGUAUAUUGGACAUGAUGCUCAAUAAAGUGUGUAAACAGA